GAUGACCCGGAAGUGCAUCAUGUUUGCCGGUCGUAAAGCGUUUUCUUUUCCGGUGGCCUCAGCGGUAGUGCGAGCGUGGAUUUCAUCUAGGCUCACUAAAAUAAUUAUAAAAUGAGUGUCCCAGCAUUUAUCGACAUAACCGAAGAGGACCAGGCCUCAGAGCUCAGGGCCUACAUCAAAGCCAAAGGAGCAGAGAUCUCAGAGGAAAACUCUGAAGGUGGUCUCCAUGUGGACCUGGCUCAAAUCAUCGAGGCCUGUGACGUCUGCCUCAAGGACGACGAUAAAGAAGUGGAGAGUGUGAUGAACAGCAUAGUGUCGCUGCUACUCAUCCUGGAGACGGAGAAACAGGAGACCCUGAUCGAGAGUCUGUGUGAGAAGCUGGUCAAGUCCCGAGAGGGAGAGAGGCCUUCCCUCAGGAUGCAGCUGCUGAGUAACCUGUUCCAUGGUAUGGAUGAGACGGCCCCAGUGAGGUACACAGUCUACUGCAGCCUCAUCAAGGUAGCAACCACCUGCAACGCCAUCGCUUUCAUCCCCACGGACCUCGACCAGGUGCGUAAGUGGAUCACAGACUGGAACCUGAACACAGAGAAGAAACACACACUGCUAAGGCUGGUGUACGAGGCCCUGGUCGAAUGUAAGAAGAGCGAGGCUGCAGCUAAGGUGAUGGUGGAGCUGCUGGGGAGUUACACAGAGGACAACGCCUCACAAGCACGCGUUGAUGCCCACAGGUGCAUUGUACGAGCCCUGAAAGACCCCAACACCUUCCUGUUGGACCACCUCCUGGCCCUCAAACCUGUCCGCUUCCUAGAGGGAGAACUCCUCCACGACCUCCUCACCAUCUUUGUGAGUGCAAAGCUAGCUGCCUACGUGAAGUUUUACCAGAGCAACAAAGACUUCAUCGAUUCCCUCGGUCUCAACCAUGAGCAGAACAUGGCUAAGAUGUGUCUGCUGACGUUCAUGGGCAUGGCGGUGGAGUUUAAAGAGAUCUCCUUUGACACCAUGCAGCAGGAGCUGCAGUUAGAAGAAGACCAAGUAGAAGCCUUCGUCAUCGACGCUGUUCGGACUAAGAUGGUGUACUGCAAGAUUGACCAGACACAGCGAAAGGUUAUCGUGAGCCACAGCACACACCGCACCUUCGGCAAGCAGCAGUGGCAGCAGCUCUACGACAGUCUCAGCUCCUGGAAGGGCAAUUUGGCAACUGUGAAGACCAGCCUCCAGACCCUGUCCCCCUCUGCCUAAGAUCUCUCUCUCCAAAACCCUCUUUAAAAAACUUCCCCCUUUCCUUUGUUAAACUCCCUUGGUUGAAUCUUCAGUCACCAUUUUUAUAUUCACCCAAUAAAAGACUAAUUGAGAUCUUC